AGAAUCAGCUAGUAGUACUACUGCGUUUCAAUGGGUUCCACCAACAACUGGCUAAACUUCGCCUCGUUCUCCGCCGGUAAUGCCGACGCCGCCCUGCACCCGCUGCCGCCCCAAGGCGAGGCAGAUGCCGAGGCACCGAAGCUGGAAGACUUCCUCGGCUUGCCGGAGCUGACAGCCCCGGUGGACACUAGGCCGCUCGCCGGGAGUGGCGCAAGCUCUAUCGGGCUGUCCAAGAUCAAGAACUGGCUGCGCAGCCGACCGGCGCCGGAACAUUCAGGUGUCGACUGCAUGGCGCUGGGGACGACUGCGACGUCGCUGGAGGGGAGCAGGAAGGUGGUCGACGGCACAGGGAGAGCGGCGGCACCAUUUUGGUGGACACUACGCUGCAGAGGAAGCCCUCGGCGGACACAUUCAGGCAGCGGACGUCUAAUUAUCGCGGCGCGGCGUCACAAAGCAUAGAUGGACAUGAAGGUAUGAAGCCCAUCUUUGGGACAAUAGCUGCAGAAGAGAAGGUCAGACUUGCCAAGGCAAACAAGGUAAAUCAUUUUUAAAAAAAAUGUAUGUUGCAUCAUAUGUUUAUAUUGUUUUGUAAAGAUUUUGUUUUUCUUGUGCUAACCUACUUUUUGUGCAUAUUGGUAAUCCCAACCCACGGACUCAAUUAAUUCAGUGUAUCUGUUGGAUCUUUUAUGAGCCUGGCUCAUUUAUUAAAUAAACUUUAUGGUGUGUAAUGGUGGAGAAUACUAAUAGUACCACAUUGGAAGUCCAAGGGUCUUUUGACUUGACUUAUAUGGUGGGAAUUAUUCCACUUAACUUGAGAAGUCAGGAAAUGGACAAGGGCUUGCCGCGCGCGCCGCCGCCGGCCGGGCCGGGCCGGGCGUGGCGUGGCGUGGCGUGCGAGGCAGGCGAGCGGGUGUGGUGUUAAUUUUUAGCACUCACUAACCGCGUUAACCUUUCAGUUGCCUGUCUCUUCGUCAGCCGAGUGACCCUUCUCCUUCAGCUGACCGACUCAUGGCGUGACUCGGCGAGAGCUAGCCGACUCAUGGCAUGACUCGGCGAGAGCUGACCGACUCUUGACGUGACUCGACGAGACCUUUCUCCUUCAGCUUCCCUCUGCUAGAGGUUAAAUAGAGGAGCACCCCUGUCACUCGGUACACGCGAGAAAACACUUUCAGAAUCACAGUCCAGCUGUCAAGUGAGGGUAUUUCCAUCUCGUAGCUCUGCGCGCACAGAGAGGCGAGAGGGCAGGUGCCUCCGAAGCCCUUGCCGUUCGAGACCCUACUCGGGGGAUCGAUAAUUAGGUUUUUGGGGAGCGUCUACGCGACUGCCCAACGUCUGUCGUUGUCUUCAUCGCUGGUUCCUGGCGUCUUCAUCUCGAUCGGAUGACAAGAGAAGUUGGACAAGGAUCAGGAUCCUCGGAGCGCAUGGGAGGGUAUGAUCAAUUCAGUUCGUUACUGUUUUAUAUUCUGCAUAUUAUAUAUGUCGUAUGUAUCUCUAUUCUAUCGUAUUAUAAUAUGUUAUAUCUGUCUGUUUUAAUUUUACAGUCAUCCUGUUUAUAUUGUUAUCUGUUUAUUUCCAGUUGUUCCGUAAUAAUCCAUGAACCAUGUUUAUAUACUUAUUUUAUUUAUAUGAUUUACAUGCUUCAUAUGCUUUGUGUUCUCAUGAUCCAUAUUGUUAUGGAUAUUUUUGAGAUCACGUUUUCUAUGUUUGAUUAUCUAUUAUAUGUCAUCAUCAUAAUGUUAAUUUAUGGAAUUAAAAUGGUACGGAAAAUGCCUAUAUUUCUAACAAUCCAAAAACCUAAUGUUAGGCAUUUUUCUCUCAGAGGUUUUGCUGCUGUGUUAAAGUCUGAUCCUUUUGAUGGUAAAAACUUCUUGAUAUGGAAAGCUAAGAUGAAUUGUGGCUAACUGCAAUGUCUUGUUUUCAUGCCGCUGAGGGCAAGCCUGUCGACUUACCUCCUGAGAAUGAGGCUAAGUUUAAGGCUGGAGACAACCUCUUUCGAGGAGCAGUAAUUAGCGCACUGGAUACAAAAUUCCAGAAAAGCUAUAUCAUCCUUCCCACAGGGAAAGAGCUGUGGGAUGCACUUGUUGGUAAGUUUGGAGUAACUGACGCUAGUAGCGAGCUGUACCUCAUGGAGCAGCUGUAUGACUACAAGAUGGUUGAGAACCGAUCUGUAGUGGAACAGGCUCGUGAGUUUCAGGCACUAGCUAAAGAACUCGAACUUUUUUCUUGUCCUUUGCCUGACAAGUUUGUGGCUGACGGUAUAAUCGCCAAGUUGCCACCUUCUUGGAAGGACUUUGCUACCUCUCUCAAACAUAAGAGACAAGAGUUCAAUGUGGAAGAGCUCAUUGGUACUCUUGAUGUUGAGAAAAGAGCUAGAACAAAGGACAAUAGAAAAGGUGUGGAGACCUCUACUGCUAAUGUGGUGCAGAAGAGAAACUUCCGCAAGUUUAACAAGAAGAAAAACCAGAACAAACAAGAGAGUACAAAUAAACCUGUUCAAACAGCACAGUUUAAAAAGAAGAACAACAAUAACAAGGGAAAGGGAGGAUGCUUUGUCUGUGGCAGUGAUCAACAUUGGGCAAGAGAGUGCCCUGAUCGCAAGUUCACUCAAAACAAGAAAUCAGCUAAUGUUGUAACCACUGAAACUGAAGGUGGAACAUCUGG